AUGGAAUCUGAACGGCCAGCCAAGCGGGCUCGUCAGGACCAGAAGACCGUGGCAUUGCCCAUUCUUGCUUUCCGAGAGGAGAUUGUAAGAGCUGUCCGGCAACAUCGCGUUGUGGUCCUCGUGGGGGAAACAGGGAGUGGCAAGACAACACAGGUGCCACGUUUCCUCUACGAAGCUGCUGUGGCCACACGGCCGGGAAGCAUCGCAGUGACGCAGCCACGGCGCAUUGCAGCCAUCAGCGUGGCUCAUCGUGUGGCUUCAGAGAUGGGCUGCGAAGUAGGAGAUCUCGUUGGAUACCACGUGCGCUUUUUGAACCGCACCUCCUCCAAGACGAAAUUGAAGUAUAUGACCGAUGGAAUGCUCGUUCGAGAGUCCGCAGCUGGAGGAGCUCAUGCAGGGAUCAAUGGUUCGUCCAUCGUCGUAUUGGAUGAAGCCCAUGAGCGUGGAAUAAAUACUGACGUGCUGCUUGGACUGGUGAAGCUAGCCUUGGAGGAAGACAAACCACCUGGGCUACGAGUAGUUGUGAUGUCUGCCACAAUCCAUGCUGCACCCUUUGUGAAUUUCUUUGGUGGGAGCAAGGAGGUGAAACUGGUCAAAGUUCCAGGAAGACAGCAUCCAGUGCAAGUGUUCUAUACACCAGCUCCAGAGCCAGACAUUAUAGAGGCAGCGCUCAUCUCAGUGUUGCAGCUGCACCUGACCAGACCUGCUGGUGACGUGCUGGUGUUUUUGCCUGGUCAAGAUGACAUUGAAAGCUUACAAAGACUCCUAGAAGAGAAGCAGGAGAUGUUAAUCAAAGAAAGGCAAAGGGUUAUGCUGACAAACAUGGUCAUCGCAACGAUUGGUGGAGAAGCAUGCAGGUGGUCUCUCUACAUCAUCAUGGCCGACUUACGAGAAGGUGCAGAAUCUCUUGGUGAGACCGAUCUACGCAUCGUUGCCCUUUGA